UAAAGUGUUGGUGGUUUGGUCACACUGCUCGCUGAUUUGUUUAUGCAGAACGAAGUCUGUUUAAAAAAAAGAAAAGCAAGUCUGCGAACUGCUCAAGUGGCAAAAAAACGAAAGUUGGAUAGCUCCUAAGGACCCAACCCCCGCACCACACCACGCCACACACGAUGUUCAACUUUAUGAAGAAGAGCGCCGGCGACGAGGAGAAGGAGCGCCGCAAGCGGGAGAAGAAGCUGCGCAAAGAGGCUAAGGGCACUGGCCCCGGCACCGGCAUCGGAGGAGUCGGCGGCGUCACCGGCAGCAUGAGCACCGACGAACUGCUCCGCCUGGAUGAAGUCCGGCGCUCCCUUAAGAUCCGCGGACGGCGCAAGGAGAAGGAGAAGCUGCCCAGCGGCAUUACGGCGGACUACAGUGCCGACUUCUUUGCCGCCCUAAAUGCCGACGCCACGGGCAAUGGCAGCACUGGGAGCAACGGAGGAGCUACCGCUGGAGGCUCCGGUGGCCCGGAACAGGAUCGCGGCAAUGAGGAGAUUGUAGCAUCUGUGAUGACGCAUAUCGAGAGUCGGGCGUCCAACGGCACCGGCGUAAGUGUCAACUACAGCGAGGUCACGCAUUCCCUACUUGCCGGUGGGCUCAAGAAUCGCUUCCUGCCUCCUGUGCCGCCGAAACCGCCCAAACGCGGCAUAUUAAAGGGUUCGCGCAGUAACAUGACCAAUGUGCACGAGGAGAUCUCCUUCACAGGCGGCACCGGGGCAGCUGGCGGCACACCAGAGAUGCUCAUGCGCAACACCAUGCAAAAUGAGCUGCUCUACGAGGGCCCUGCACGAGGUGCAGCCGGUUCGAUUGGCUCUAACUCCAGCCAGCACGGCACCUCCUUCACCUCCGUGGAGAGCCUACGAAGCGAUGGCGAGCAAACAGGCGGCCAUCAGCGGGCCAUGACCCUGCCGGCCAACGCUCGCUAUGGUGCUGCGCCCCAUGCGAAUAGCCCGGGAUCGCACCUCCAUGUGCUCACCUCGCCGUCGCCCAGCGCCGACAGUCUCACAGAUACCACAAACUCCUCGUUCGCCACGCCUCCCUUCUCACUGAGUCCGGUCGGUGAGUCGCAGGGCAUCGAUCGUUGGGCCCGUGUCCAUGCCUUUGAAGAUGUGGAGCUGCCGCUUCCGCCGGUGAAACUGGUGCAGCUGCCGCCUCCUAGACAGCUGGUGAUUCGGCGACAAAAGUCGCCACGCCAGGACUUUGGCUUCAGCCUGCGGAAGGCAAUCUGCCUGGACCGUACAGAGUCGCUAACAUCGCCCAUUUUCAGGCCGGUAAUCUUUGCCGAGCCAGGUGCUGGUGGCGGUGCCACGGGUCUCCUGCCCGGCGAUCGCCUUAUCAAGGUGAACGGAACGCCAGUGGGCGAGCUGUCGCGGGAGAUCAUCAUCGAGCUAAUACGUAACAGCGGUGAUGCUGUCACCGUCGAGGUCCAACCAGUUGCAGAGCUGGUGGAGCUAAGCAAGCGAUGCAUGGCACCCAGCACGGCUACCGUGGAGGAGAUCGAUCAUUCCAUUACCAAUGGCAACUGCAACACCCUCCGGCGCAGUGCCAGCAAGCGCUUCAAGCGUCAGAGCCGCCACGAGAAUGGCAAUGGAGUGGCAGGAGGCGAAUCAGGAGAAGGAGUGUCCCUAGAGCUGGAGGCGGAUGUGGCGGAUGCCAGUCAGCCGGAGCGUGUGUGGCUGGUGCAUCGCGGUGGCUUCACUGCCGCCAUACGUCUGCCGACGCCCUCGUCUGGGCGGGAUGACGAACACAAGCUGAAUCUGCGCCUCCUGCACAACGGGGAGCUGCUGACCGUCGACGAGGACGAUGUGGAGAAACAGAACAGCCCCAUCCUGGACCUAGCCGAGGACAUUUGCGAGCUGAAGUAUCUGAACGAGGCGUCGGUGCUCCACUGCCUGCGCCAGCGUUACGCCAGCAAUCUAAUCCACACCAAGGCGGGGCCCACGCUGCUCGUGGUCAAUCCCAUGGCACCGCUGUCCCUCUACUCCGAGAAGGUUGUCUCCAUGUUCCGCGGCUGCAAGACGGAGGACAUGCCGCCCCACGUCUACUCGCUGGCCCAGACCGCCUACAGGAGCUUGGUUGAGACGCGGCGCGACCAGAGCUUGAUAUUCAUGGGCCGAUCUGGUUCUGGCAAAUCCACCAGCUUCAAGCAUGCGCUCAACUACCUGGCGUUGGCAGCUGGUGCCUACAACAACUUUAUUAACGCCGAGAAGGUCAAUGCCCUGUGCACCAUUCUGGAGGCCUUUGGAAAUACGAGAACUUGCCUCAACUCGAACGCUACCCGAAUGACGCAGCUGUUGAGUCUUGACUUUGACCAGACUGGACAGAUUGCAUCCGCCUCGCUGCAGGUUCUGCUCCCAGAGCGACAGCGAGCCGGUCGACGCUUGGCCCACGAGCACAGCUUCCACAUUAUGACGCGCCUGCUGGCUGGCGCCGCUGGAUUGCUGCAAAAAGAGCUGCACCUGGAGAACAUCUCCUCGGAGGACAGCCAUCCGUUCAUAUCGCUCUCCCAGAAGUUGGAAGAUCGCCACCGAGCUGCUAACGAUUUUAUGCGCACAGUUCAGGCCUUCGAAACGCUCAACAUUGAUGCGAAGGCUGUGCGCGGAAUCUGGAGCAUUCUGGCGGCCAUUUAUCAUCUGGGCAUUGCGGGUGUGACCAAACUAGGCACUGGAUCCACAGCCCGCACCCAAUUUGCAAAUCCCACGGCCGCCCGCAAGGCGGCGGGUCUUUUGGGCGUUAACCUGGAGGAUCUGUCAUCGGCUGCCUUUGGAUUGACACAGCCGAAUGCGCCCAAUGGCGGCCUAAGUCCAUCGAAGUCGCCCACUUCGGACACUGGCCACGAGUGGGCCUGGGAGUGCUUGGAGGCGUUGGUCAUUGGACUCUAUUCGGAGGCACUGGCUGCAGUGGUGGCUUUGGUCAAUCGACAGAUCUGCACCUCGGCCCACACCAUAGCCUCGAUUAUGCUAAUCGAUACGCCCGGCUUUCAGAACCCGGCCAGCUGUGGCCAGCAGGUGGGCGCCACGCUGGCUGACUUGCGUCACAACUACCUGCAGGAGCGCCUGCAGAUGCUCUUCCAUCACACCACGCUUGUGGCCCCGCGCGACCGUUACGCUCAGGAGCUGGUUGAGAUUGAGAUGGACCAGGCCUCAGAGUGUCACCCGGGACCGCUGAUCUCGCUGAUCGACAAGGCACCCCAAAACCACGUGGUCCGCUCUUCGCAGCGAGAUUUACGGGAACACGAUCGUCGCGGAAUGCUUUGGCUGCUCGACGAAGAAGCUAUCUAUCCGCACUCCAACGACGACACAUUCCUCGAGCGUUUGUUCUCGCACUACGGUGACCGGGAGCAUCACACGCUUCUGCGCAAAUGCGCCGGUCCUCGCCAGUUUGUGCUCCACCACCUGCAGGGCACCAAUCCCGUUCUGUACGCCGUCGAUGGCUGGGUGCGCAACAGUCGUGAGCAUCCCGGCAUUCGUAAUGCUGUGUCACUGCUGCAGGACAGCAGUCGGGAGGAGAUCAAUCGUUUAUACAUUGGCUCACUUACCCGUGGAUCGGGGGCAAUGGUAUUUUGCGGCUCCUUUGCCGGCUUGGAGGGCACUCAGUCUCUGCGUCGCGUGUCCAGUAUACGACGAUCCUUCACCACGGCUGGAGUGAAACGCAACUCCAUUAUGCUGCAGGUGAAGUUCACAGUGGACGGCAUCAUUGAUACGCUGCGCCGCACCGGCACUCACUUUGUCCACUGCUAUCUGCUGCAACACAAUGCCGGCAAGCACACCAAGUUCACGGCGAAUGGGUCUCCAAGUUCAGGAGUGGGCCAGGCGACCAGUGAGGAGGAAAUGGUCAAUGUGCCACUGUUAAGGAGUCAGCUACGUGGUUCGCAAGUUUUGGAGGCGGCUCGUCUGCAUCGGCUUGGUUUUCCCGAAUCUGUGCCAUUAUUGGAGUUUGUCCGCCGCUUUGGCCUGUUGGCAGGCGAUUUGGCCAGCAACAAGGAUGUGAGCGUGGAACAGAUAUUGGCUGUUAAUGAGCUGGAUGUGGCUACCUAUCGCAUUGGGCCUAGCCAGAUCCUUUUCCGCUCUGGAGUUCUUAGUGAACUGGAAGCCAAGCGCGAUGUCCUGCUUUCAGAUCGCAUCAUUCAGCUGCAAGCCUUCUGUCGCGGCUAUUUGGCUCGCAAAAAGAUGUCCCAGCGACGUGUUCAGGAAUUGGCUGUGCGCUGCAUCCAACGCAAUGUUAAGGCCUUCCUAGCCGUGCGCGACUGGCCCUGGUGGCGUCUUCUGGUCCGGGUAACGCCCCUACUCAAUGUCCACCGCACUGAAGAGCAGCUGAAGACAGCCAACGAGGAGCUGUUAAUGCUACGGGCCAAGCUGGAGAAGAUCGAGUGCGAUCGCAGUGAGGUCAAGGCGGAGAACCAGAAGCUGGAAGCCAAGCUAUCCGAGCUGACUGUGGACCUGGCCGAGGAGCGAUCCACGGCCCACAUAGCCACCGAGCGAUUGGAGGCGGAGACCGCCGAGCGCCUAAAGCUCGAGAAGGAGCUCGGCGAUCAGGCGAACAAGGUGAAAAACCUGCAGGAGACGACGGAGAAGCUGGAGAUGGAGCUGAUAUGCGCCAAGUCCGAUCUGAAUGGCAUAUCCGAGGACGAGGAUGCCGAGAACGAGGACGGUGGCGGGGGAGUCUACAAGCUCAAGUACGAGCGGGUGGCCCGGGAGCUGGAGUUCACCAAGCGGAGGCUGCACACACAGCAUGAGCACGAUCUGGAACAGCUGGUCGGGCUCAAGAAGCAAUUGGAGAAGAAGCUUUCCGAUGCCUACGAAGAAGUUGAGGAGCAACGUCAGGUUGUGGGCCAAUGGAAACGCAAGGCACAGAAGAUGACCAACGAGAUGAACGAUCUGCGCAUGCUGCUCGAGGAGCAAAAUGCCCGCAACAAUUUGCUCGAGAAGAAGCAGCGCAAGUUCGACGCCGAGUGCCAGUCCCUGCAGGAUGCGGCGCGCCAGGAGCGCCAGGCCAAGGAGCGUUACGGUCGCGAGAAGGACGUUCUGCAGGCCGAGAAGUUCACGCUAGAGCAGUCACUGGCGGAUACCCGUUUAGAUCUUGAGCUCAAGGAGGAGAAACUCGCCUCGCUGCAGCGUGAACUGGAUGAGAUGACCUUUGGCGGUGGCACCGAAGAGGAGUUUGCCCAGCUGCGACGCUCGAAAAACGAAACGGAGCGUAGGGCCAAGGAGCAGGAGGAGGAGCUGGAUGAAAUGGCAGGACAGAUACAGCUGCUCGAGCAGGCCAAGCUGCGUCUCGAGAUGUCCCUGGAAACGAUGCGCAAGGAGGCGCGUCGCGAGUCACAGCAGCGCGACGAGGAACUGGAGGAGGUGCGUGGCAAUGGUUACAAGAAGAUCAAGGCCCUCGAGUGCCAGCUGGAGACGGAGCACGAGGAGCGGACCCUGCUGCUGCGCGAGAAACACGAGCUGGAGCGACGCCUCUCCUCGAUGGAGGAUCGUGACCGUGUUGACCGCGAUGCCGAGGAGGCACUCAACCAGAAGCUGCGACGCGACUUGCGCAAGUAUAAGGCCCUGCUUAAGGAUGCCCAGACGCAGCUGGAGAGGCUUAAGGCAGACACGCCCGGUAAAACGCUCAUCCGUCAGCUGCGCAAUCAGCUGGAAGAUGCCGAAUCCGCUCGAACACUAGCCCUCAAGGCGCGGCAAGCAGCUGAAGCGGAACUAACCGAAGUGCAGGCCAUGUUCGAGGAGUCACAUCGGGGCAGAAACGAUGCCGAGGAGAGGGCCAAUGCGGCGAACAGGGAGGCGGUUGAGCUGCAGGCACAGAUCGAUGAGAACGAGGAGGAGAUGAGCGAGCUGAUGAAGAAGUACAGCGCCACCGUCAAGCAGCUAAAUGCCGAACAGAUCAACGUCUCCGAGGCGGAGUUCAAGCUCAAUGAGAUGGAGGCCGAGCGUAACAAUCUUAAGGAGCAGGUCACCGAUCUGCAGCACCGUCUGGAUAAUGUGGAGAACCUGGGUGAUCCCUCUAUGGCCAUGAUGUCCAAGCGCUUGGAGCUACGCACCAAGGAGCUGGAAUCCCGUCUCGAACUGGAACAGGCCACCCGGGCUAGACUGGAGGUGCAGGUGAAUCGUCACAAGGAGGCCCUGGAGAAACUUCAGAACGAGGUAACCCAGUCGAAGAUGCGCGAAAUGCAGGCCCAGGAUGUGCUCAAAAAGUCGCAAAAGAGUCUGCGCGACAUGCGCGAGGAGUUCCACACGGUCUCUAGCCGCGAACAGGAGUCGCUGGCCCGCCGCAAGGAUCUCGAGAAGAAGAUGGAGCAAAUGGAAUCGGAGGGGGCGGCGCUUAAGAACGACUUGCGCCUGGCCCUGCAACGGAUAGCAGAUCUGCAGCAGGCCAUGGAAGAGGAGGGCGAGGAGGAGCUGAGCGAGAGCGACGAGAGCCUUAGUUCUGUGGGCUCCAUCAGCGACCUGGAGGAGCGACUGCGGCCCGUGCAUGUAAAGCGCAGCUCACAGCAGUCACUGAACGGCAGCAUUGGUGGCGGAAACGGACCCGUUGUGAGCACCACGCGGACCGUGGUCUUUGAAAAGGAAGACAACAGCCCUAGAAUAACAGUGACGUCGCCAUCGUCGCCACACAUUCAUAAGCUGGCAGUGGCGGCCAAAGCCAUACCGGCCCCCAAACCGGACACAAAGUCUGCAGCCUCGGCGGCCAAACCAACGCCGGCCGCACCGACCAGGAUGGGAUUAACGGUGCCAGUGGUCCACCAGAAUGGCCAGCCGUAGUAGACGCAUCCUUGUCUGUUCGCGGCCACCGCGGCUGCAGUUUGUAACUUGUAAUUCUUAUUUUUUUUUAUUAGUUGUUUACCAUUUUUAUUUGAUUACUGUUUAGUUCAAUAUGUUUAACUAUUUAUUAUCGAAAUAUAGCUACAUGAUAUAAUAUAUGAUAUAUAUAUAUAAACCCAAAUGGCAUUCGCAAGCAAUGCUAAAUCGUAGUUAAUUUAAUUUGCGCGACAGUCCCUAAAGAAAAGUGAUUAACAAGUUUUUAUCUCUCUGAAAACAAACAAAAACAAAACGGAACUAACACCUAUAGCCUAUAUAGAAUAUAGUCUCCAUUAUCCUAUAGCCAACUUAAAUGAAAUUAGUUAAACGCGUUUCAAAAUCAUAGGAAAGGUAAUGCAAUGUCAGUUGAAUCCCAUAUGAACGAGUAUUUUACAAGUAACUCCCUAUUCUUAUACAAACCAUCAUCAUUAUCAUCCCCAUUGUAACAUCAGUAAUUAAACAUCAUCAUUAGCUUCAUUCAUCGUGUACGGGAAAUAAAUUAAAACCUAUAUAAGCAAAGAUACAGUAAAAUAUAUAUUGGAAUACGAAAUUUUGCAGAAAUCAUCAAAAAUAACAAAAAAAAAAAAAAAAAAAAUUUCAUAAAAGUCCUUAUUGAAAACUAACAAACCGAACAUAAACAAAUAAAUAUAUUGUUAUAAAA